AUGGAUUCAGGCGCGAUCAAUGCAAGCAAUGCGGGUGAGCUGGCUGAAAGGCUGCGAUGGGAACAGCAGGACUACUGGGUACAUCUGGAGGCAGAGAGCCCUCUGGAGAAGUAUCCUGCCAAACAACAUGCCAGGCGCGUGGCGGAAGAGCUGAGGACGUUGGGCAGGGGCGACGGCUUGAUCUAUCUGCCCGGAACCCCGAGUCGCAACAUUGAAGACAGCGACAUGCCCAUCAAGUGGCGCCAACGACGCUAUUUCUACUACGUGAGCGGCUGUAAUGAACCCGAUUGUCACCUGACCUACGACACCGACAUCGACAGACUUGUCCUUUAUAUCCCCAGGAUCGACCCAAGGAAAGCCCUCUACAAUGGGCGAGGUUCGACCAGAGCAGAGGCCCUGCAGAAGUACGAUAUUGAUGAUGUUCACUAUGUCGACGAGUUGCCUCGCGCGAUCAAGUACUGGCAGGACUAUCAUUCUGGCUCUGUUUACGCACUGCACCCUUCACAAUUUCCCCCUGCCGGAAAGGAGUCGCGUCGGGGUAUGGACCUGACCCCUUCCACCCGUUUUGAUGCCGUUUGGUUGCAGCCUGCCAUGAAUCGUGCACGCAUCAUCAAAGACGAGCACGAGAUCAAGCUUAUCAAGAAGGCCAACGACAUAAGUUCGCAAGCCCAUGCAGAAGUGCUAGCUAACAUCCUGAGGUUCAAGAAUGAGGCACAAGUCGAAGGUCUGUUCCUCAACUACUGCAUCUCGAAACAAGCAAAGGAACAGGCGUAUGAUCCUAUUGCUGCGUCAGGUCCCAAUGCUGGAACAUUGCAUUAUUCUGCCAAUAAUGAAGAUUUUGGCGAUAGGCAGUUGAUGUGCUUGGAUGCUAGCUGCGAGUAUGAACUCUAUGCAAGUGAUAUCACGAGAACGUUCCCACUAUCUGGCGCAUGGCCUAGUAAUGAGGCAAGAAACAUUUACCACCUUGUUGAACGCAUGCAGGACGCCUGCAUAAAGCGCGUUGCCCCCGGUGUGAGAUAUCUCGAUCUUCAUAUCUUGGCUCAUCAGAUUGCAAUCGAUGGGCUGAUCAGCCUGGGCAUCCUGCACAAUGGCACAAGAGAAGAAAUCUUCAAGGCUGGGACAUCAAGAGCUUUCUUCCCGCACGGCCUUGGCCAUCACGUAGGUCUUGAGGUGCACGAUGUGGGUCAGGGUGAAUUGAUGAGUAUCACGAAGAGUGGCCGAAACGCUGCCAAGGCACCGUCGUUGUAUCCCGAGGAUUUUCAUCUGCCCGUUUGGAGUGCCGCACACUGCAUGGCACCCGCAGAUCCCCACAGUCCUCACCUUGAAGAGAACAUGGUCGUAACUAUCGAGCCCGGAAUUUACUUUUCUUCUUACAUGCUUACUAAUUUCUACCUUCCUGACCCCAUCCAUUCUCGAUAUAUAAACCUCAAAGUCCUGAAGAAGUACAUGCCAAUCGGCGGAGUGCGCAUCGAAGAUGACAUCCGUGUGACAUCGAAAGGCUACGAAAAUCUUACCACCGCACCGAAAGGCGAGGAAAUGAUUGAGAUCAUCCGCAAGCAGAAAUCCGAUUGGCCGUAUACAUCAAACCCCAAGGAUUCUAGCACGUCCGAUAGGAUACCAAAAUACCCGCGGCGGUCCUUGGGGGAACCCGAGCCCCUAGAAAGGGCUCCUGGUAUCAGCAAAGAUGCUCCGCAUUUGAUGCAGAUGCCUCUGGCAAGAGCGCAAACUCUACCUAGCGAGAGGAGAGAGAGACGAUCGGUGGACUUCGAGCCAUUCGAUGGACCGUCUCUAUUUUCUGGAUUCAAGAGAGCGUCCACUGUGGACGAAGUGACGUUAGGUCAACGGCGCACGACUUCAAAGCAGAAGAUUGCUCGUGUAUCAGUAUGUGGCGAUGAUUCAUCGGAUUUCGAACACUCCUACGUCGGAUUUUCCGGAGAAGCACAUUCAAGACAUAGUAUGCGAACCGGUACGAAGAAGCCUUUGUGCCAAAGUUGCUGCAUUCUCGUACAGACUCUGGGUCGAUUACGGCAAAAUCUCCCUAAAUCGGUACACAGCUCUCCAAAUCGGGAGAAGAAGCAAACGCAGGAACCACCACCGCCACCUCAAGAGGAACAAACUAGGCAAGUACGUCGCGUAUCUACUAUGCCCUGCGUGGACGACGCAACGACAAUACCUUCGCUACGAAGCCAUUCGUCCAUUCCGGACCUCCCACAUCGAAAGUCGCAGGCAGAAUUUGUCAAGAUCCCGUCCAGCACCCAAUUGCAUUCAAGGCGAACACAGGAUGCUCGUCAACAGCAGAGAUUUGAGAAUAUCAAAGAAGAAUCUCGUAAACUAGACCGCGCAUCAACACUGCCUACCUUCAAUCCUUCGAGUGCCGACGUCGAGUAUCUCUAUAGGAAAUCACUCAACCCCCAAGGUUUUGCGCCACCAUUCUACACUGGCCCUUUCAACGAUACGCAUUCCACACCCGACUCCAAAACGAUAACGACAACAAGUACCAAGUCAUUCCCUUCAUCCACAGCUCCAUCCACAGCCCUUCCCAGCAGGUCCUCCCAUAGCACACCGAGUUACUCAGAAAAAACUGCGAAACAACCCUACACCGACUACAUAAACCCCUCCCAAGCCGCUAUGGCCCAUUCUCUGCAGCCCAAUCUCAAAGAAGAUAAGGACAAAAUAACGCACUUGCUGCAGAAACUAAACAGCCUCGAUCUCUCUCAACCUGGCGCUUCAGCCGAUUUCAAGGCCCAAGGAAAAGAGCUCCUGCGACAUUUGGAGAGACUGCGCCUUUCCGACAAAGGACUUGCAGAAACAAAGCCGGCCCGGGAUCGAGGUAGCCACAAAGACGCCAAGAACGAGCAAUUUGAGCUGAUCUAA